AUGACCUCUUCAUCUCCCAUCCCAGGCUUCACCCCCCUCUCCUCCACAAUCCACCUCUAUCAACCCCCUUCCCCUACUCUCACCCAUCAUACCUCCCCCAACCCUCCCCAACUAAUAAUCCUCUGCACCUGGACCUCCGCCAAACCAGCCCACAUAGCAAAAUACACCACCGCCUACCAAUCCCUCCACCCCACCACCCCCAUCCUCCUAAUAACAACCCACAUCACCGAUCUAAUCAUCCACUCCAUCCCCCACAAGGCAAAAUCCCUCCUCCCCGCCUUGACUUACCUCCUCAGGCUCCCAGCCACCACCCUAGGACCAUACUUCUCCCCCUUCUCCCCCCCAACCGCGCGAUUACUCCCCGGCUCAAUCCUCUUGCACACCUUCUCCGAAGGCGGCUCCUUCGCCGCCGUCUCCCUCGCCACAACCUACCUCCACCAUUCAAAACAAAAGCUCCCAGUCGGGGCAUUCAUCUUCGACUCCACGCCCGGAAGCCCAACACCGUCUUUUGCCUGCUCCACGGCAGCCUUUGCGAGGACACUCCCCGGUUUUUGUCAACAUAAUGUUAUUCGGAAGAGCAUUGGCGGGGUGGUGUACCUCUCUUUUCGGGCCCGCUCAGGCAACAGAGACAAAGCGCGGCGGAACUGGCUGCACUUUACACAACUGGGGUUAAAUAACGAAAGGCUAUGGGAUUCAUCAUCCGAGAGUGUCCCAACGACGUACCUCUUUAGCGAAAAGGACGAUCUUGUCUUGUGGGAAGAUGUGCAAGACCAUGCGGUCAGGGCAAAGAGACGGAGCUUGAUGGUUAGGUUUAAAGAGACGGGGCACUGCGGGCAUGUCAUGGGGGAGAGGGAGAGGGGAAUAUACUGGGCUGCGGUGAGGCUAACAUGGGAAGGGGUGAGGGUUGAUGGGGGGUUGGGGGUGAAACUACAUGGUUUGGGGAGGACAACGGUAGGGUGGAACAACAGAAAAGGGUGGCUUAGUUUGGAUAGUUUGUGUCUUGAGGAGGAGGAGGAGGAGGAGGAGGAGGAGAGAAUAAGGACAUGA